AUGGCCCCCAAAGUGGUUCCUUCCUCCUUCUCUUCUUCUUCCUCAAAAGAUUCUCUUAAAGAAGACGAACUAUGCAGUGAAUUAGAUGAAGCAGCCAAACUCAUGGUGGCUCAUGUUCUCGGCGAAAGUGACGAUGCGGCUUCAGUCUCCAAUGUGGCAAACUCUGGCAAAGUACAACCCAAACAACCCACUCUCCUUGCCGGUUGCUGUUCCAUGAGACUCUUCAUCAUUUUACUCAUUUUGAUACUUUUAAUUGCUUGUUCCGUGUUCAUUUGGUUGGCCUCGUAUAUUGGUUCCACUCAAGCAUUGAACGCCCUGAGUGGAGAUUUAAUUUCACGUGUCGGUGAGAAGGUGAUGACUUUUAUGGAUUCUGAAUUGUCUCCCUAUAUGAAAUUGACUUGGACUUUGGCAGAUGAUUUCAAUAAUGGAAUUAUUGGGAAAUCUCCAUCGCUCAAAUAUUUGUUUUCAAGAUAUCGAAUUUACAAUCCAUUUGCUGUUGGAGUUUUCUUUCCGUUGGAAUUAUAUACUUAUUUGAUUAGUGGCACUCCACCCAAUGAAGUUCUCACCUUUGGUUACAAACCUUUCAAUUUCACAGGAGUCACUGUCAUGUAUGCCAACUCUACCGAUGGAAGUCUCAUGGGUGUUUUCAACAACGACACUCGUCCAUUCAUCAUUUCUCAACAAGAGUAUUGGAAAAGAUCCUUUCAACUCUUUAAUCAAUUGGGUGUGGAUGGAGUCUUCGGAGAACCCUACGUCGUCAAAGAUUCAGGUGUUUGUAUUUAUUACACAGUCAAGUUAUACGAUCCCAUUCUAUAUGCACAAGGUCAGAAACAAGUCAUUGGUCUCUCCAAAACCAAUCUCUCCCUAAACAAUAUUCAAAAGUUUUUACAAAAACUCUCCUUAAUUGGAGAUGGAUUUGUUCUGGUGGCAGAGAGAAAUGACAUGGUCAUUGGUGGAUCCAUUAAUACGACCGCCUUGGAUGGAAAAUCUCGUAUAUCCUUGUUUUCACUCACUUCAAAGAAUGCAGGAGCAUUAAUGCAACAAGUGAAAGACUUGUAUGGUUCUCUGAACCAAACGCCAAGACAAAUCGAAGUGAAUAGUCUUGGUGUGGAUUACAUCAUUCAAAAGAUGGAAUAUUCCUUUCAGAAUAUUCAAUGGAAUGUCUUUUUGGUGGUCUAUAAGGAAGAAAUUGCACGAACGACGAAUAUUAAUACGUACAUUUCAGUGGGUGUGGCUGUAGGUGUUGUUACGAUUGGUAUUUUGUGUAGUGUUGUGAUUGGUUAUGUCAUUUCUCAACCAUUGAGAUAUUUGGAAAAACAAUUUAUGAAAAUCAAAACGUUUGAUUUGGAGAGAGUCAUCUUCAUUUCAAGCAAAUUCAAAGAAGUGGAUAGUAUUUAUAGAGAUCUUCAUGAAAUGGUUCAAUGGUUGAAUGAAUUCAAAAGUUUCUUACCAGAGAAUGUAUUCAAUCAAUUGAAAAAUCUGCAACUCAACACCAAUGAUAGUGACAAACAACCUGAAACGAAGUCCUCAUCCCUCCAUCAACAAGAACAACAACAAGAGAAUCGUCCAUCAUCUUCUCAUCAUCAUGAUGCACUCUCCUCUCAGAAAUCGAUCAGUGUUGUCUUUAUCCAUCUGCACGAUUUUGUAAAGACACAUUCAUCUCUGGAAAUUACUCAUACCUUCGCCAAGAUUGCCAGUGGUUUGAGUACAUUGGCAAAAACCUUAAAGGCCGAUUUGCAAAUUCACAGCGUUGAAGAAUUUCAACUCUCCUUUACUGAGGAAGGAGAAGGUUCAAGAUCUUUCAAUAAGAAGAAACCCAAUUUGGUGGCAUUGGAGAGUUCUUUAAAGAUUUCUAAAGUGUUGGAUAAUAUUGGAAAAUCGAACAGAAAGAAUGCAAACAAGUUAAAGUAUUCGAUUGGCAUUUCUUCGGGAAUUUCGAAUGUAGGAAAUUUGGGAUCUUCAAAUUUGAGAGUGUACUCCAUUGUUGGACCAUUGUUGAGUAAUGCGAGAAAGAUGUCACAAUUAUGUCGAGCAUUGAAAUGUAAAAUUCUCACGGACAUUGUAUGCUCGGAGGCACAAUCUCAGUUUGUGGUGAGACCUGUGUCUUCAUCGGGAGAAGAAUAUCAGAAAUGUGUGAAAUCGGUGUUUGAGGUCAUUAAGGAAAAUGUCGUUGAAAAAGAUGAAUGGAUGUAUGAAUUGGAACAGCAAAAAGCAAAUCAACGAUUCAAAGAUUUCCAAAGCGCAUUUUCUCUCUUUGAAAGUCAUGCUUACCACUCAAACAGCUUCCACAAGAACGUCAACAUUCCACAUCAACAACAACAACCAUUCAUUCAUUCACUCACGACAGUGCAUCAAGUCAUGGAACAAAUUUCUCAAUCACAAAAUCUCCUUCAAGAACACUUGGAGAAAUUCCCUGAAGAUUCACUCAUCACGAAACGUCUCUUACGAGUCCUUGAUACAUUAAAAGAAGAAGGUUUGAAGACUAUGAAGAAUGAUGAUGACCUUGAUGAUGAUGGCCAUUCUCUGAUUCAAGUUCUUUUAGAUUAUCAUUCUGAAAUUUCCACCACUUUGAAGGCCAUUCUUCCCCUGUCAAGAAGUCAUCAUGCUGAACAAGAGGAUAUCGAUCCACAGACACCACCACCACCACAACAACAACAUGACAGCGACAUGGAGAUCACACUACUUGAAUGA